AUGGAUCCGAAUCUUUGGCCGUCGUACGUGCAAGGUGCUCCUCCUCUUUACCCUCCGAUGCAUCUCGUCGCGCCCUCCGCCCAUGCUUGGCCGCCGCCACCCUCAGAUCCCUCCUCCGCCGCGGCCCUUCUCCCCCGGCCUGAUUACGCCUCCUAUUCCGCUCACUCCGCCGUCUCCGCGUCGUCACGCUGUCCGGUCUGCGCCCAGCUGCACGCGCCGUUCUGCUCCGCCGAAUCCGCCGCCUCCACUCCCGUGCUGCCAGUUGCGCCCGCAACUAACCUCUGGGAUGCGACCACAACUGCCGCUGGCGCGUGGCCGGGCGCAGCAGAGGCUUCUUGGCAGCAGCAGGCGCAGGCGCAGGCGCAGGCGCAGGCGCAAGCGCAAGCGCAAGCGGCGCAACAGUACUGGGCGUCGGGAGAUGGCGUGCCCGGGUUUGAGGGCGCGGGCAGUGUGUCUGGACCUGGUCACUGGCAUGCGCCUAACUACCAUCUCCCUCCCCCCGCCUUUCCUUCCAACUCCCCCCCUCCCUCUCUUCCGCCCCUUCCCCCGUCGCAACCCCCCCCUCCGUCUCAUCCUCCCCUCCCCCCAUCGCAACCCCCCCCUCCCUCUCAUCCUCCCCUCCCCCCAUCACAACCCCCUCCCUCUCAUCCUCCGCUCCCCCCUUCACAACCCCUCCCUCCCUCUCAACCUCCCCUUCCCCCUCAUCCUCCCCCUCCGUCCAACCCCCCGCCUCCCUCAAAUCCUCCCCCGCCACUUCCGCCGUCAGCUCCGCUGUACGCGGAAGCGCAGCAGCCGUCCGCCAAUGGGUAUGCGGCGGAGGCUCAAGGCGGAGGGCCGGCGAUGGUUGCGGCGGGUGAUGCGGCGCAUCAGGCGGCGUGGAGCUCGCAGCAGGCGCCGCCCUUGCCGCCGCACAUGCAGCAGCAGGAGGCGCAGGAGGCGAUUGAGCCACGGUACUUUCAAGAACAGCAUGCCGGUCCGUACGUGCCGUACCCUGAGGCGCAUGCGGAGAGCCUUCCGCCGCAGCACGAGAGACAGCCGCUUUACCCUGCAGAGGCGCCGGGUGGCGGGGAGAGGCGGGAGCGCGAACGCUGGGAGGAAGCGCAGCGCCAGCAGCAGCAGCAACACCAGCACCAGCAGUACAUGCAGCAGCACCACCACCAGCAGCAGCAGCAGCAUCAGCAACAGCAGCAGCAGCAUCAGCAACAGCAGCAACAGCGUCAGCAACAGCAGCAGCAGCAUCAGCAACAGCAGCAGCAGCAUCAGCAACAGCAGCAGCAGCAUCAGCAGCAACAGCAUCAGCAACAGCAGCAGCAGCAGCAGCAGCAGCAGCAGCAGCAGCAGCAGCAGCAGCAGCAGCAUCAGCAACAGCAACAGCAGCAGCAGCAGCAGCAGCAUCAGCAGCAGCAUCAGCAGCAGCAGCAACAGCAACAGCAGCAUCAGCAGCAGCAGCAGCAGCAGCAGCAACAGCGGCAGCAGCAGCAGCGGCGGGGGGAUGAGACUAGGGCGCUGGAGAGAGGCAAGGGGCGAGAGUACAGGGGGCACAGGGAGGGACGAGGGCGAGACGGGGAGAGGGAGCGGGAUCGGGAGAGGGAACGGGCGCGGCUGUCCCCCCCAUCGAGAGGGCAGGGGGGCAGCAGUGCGAGGGGCGCAGCCCCCCCUGCAGCAGCGCCAACCAUGUCGCCCGUGGUGGACGCUUCCUGCAGUGGCAAGAGCCACUUGGCGCGCGCGCUGAGGGACGUGGAGGUGACGAACGGGGGGGCGGCGCCCAGGGUGUUUGCCCUGGAUGACUACUUCAUGCUGCACGAUGAUGAUGACGAUGAGGAUGAGCACGAGAGGGCAGCAGCGGCGCGCAGGCGGAGGGGAGGAGGCAAGGGCGGAGGGGAAGCUGCCAAGGGAGGGGGUGAGGCGCGGUACAAGUAUGAUGCGACACAGGAGGAGCUGUACCGGGCCAGCAUGCUGAGAGCGUACCGCAAGGCAUUGGAAGAGGGGCGCUUCUCCUUCAUCAUCGUGGAGGACCGCAACGUGCGUGUGUCGCAAUUCGAGCCCUUUUGGAAAGCUGGCAAGUGUGCGGGCUUUGAGGUGUACGUGGUGCAGCCAGCCGCGUCCACCCACCCCACGCUGUGUGCGGGGCGCAACACACACGGCUUCUCACUGCAGCAGGUGCAGGACAUGGCAGGGCAGUGGGAGGCGUUGCCACCGCAUAUGCUACUGCUUGAUGUUAAAUCGUUGUUCCAUGAAGACACUCUUGACGAUGCCUCCAUCACAGAGGUGGAGAUGGAUGCGGAGGAUGACGAGUUGCACAUGGAGCAGGAGGAGGCCGCCACUGCUGCCGCUGAGGAGGAGGAGAAACUCAAGCAGCAGCAGCAGCAGACAGGGCAGGAUGGGGCGAAAGGUGCUUCGGGUGGUGCAGGUGGGGAGGGGCAGAGCAGUGCGGAGGGGCGGUGGACAGGCGAAGGGGGUGGCAACGGGGCAGGUGUGAAGAGAAGGCGGGAUGCUGGGGCUGCUGAUGCUGCUGCUGAUGACGAUGCUGAUGCUGAUGGGGAUGGGGAUAGUGACGAGGGGGACGAUGAUGAUGAGGAUGAUGAUGAUGAGGCGGGUGGGGGUGGAGGUGCGUUGGCGGGCCUUCUGGCCGCGUAUGGCAGUCAGAAGAAGCACAAGAAACACAAGAAGCAGGGGAUUUCACAGGGUGCCACAGCGGGCGGCAGCAAGAAUGGGGUGGCAGUGCGCGGCAUUCUCAAGGGGUCGAACGGCAGUGGUAAGAAGAAGGCUCUGCGAUGGGUGGACAGCCACGACCCCUCCCAGUGUGCGCCUGCACCACGCCAUCAGGAUGCGUGCUUCACCAUGGGUGCUGCCACGCCCCCCACACGUGCCUCGCUCCUCAUUGGCCCUGGUGCCGGCUACUCCCUCGCAACGAACCCUGUGCAAGCGGAGGAGGUGGAGGCGGUGAGCGGCGGGGCGAGUGGUGCGGGGGGGGGUUUCCAGAUAGUGGCGGACCACGCGGCACAGCAGGUGCUGUGGCGGCAGCAGCUGCGUGCAGAAGGAGAGCAGUUCCGUGCCAUCAUGCGCUCGCGCCGCUCCCAGCGCCAUGGUGCUCAUGAUGAUGACUGA